AUGGGAGGUUUCGAUAUGAAUGCAAUGUUCAUCCAUGCAUCUUCACUCAACCAAAACAUAUCAUGCUGCGACGUUUCUUCUGUGACGAACAUGAAUACAAUUGUUCGCGAACGCAUCUUCAUUCAAGAAUUGUCAUCAUGCGAAGUUUCAUCGGUCAAGUCCAUGAAUGGAAUGUUCAAAGAAGCAUCAUCCUUCACUGAUGACUUGUCACCAUGGAAUGUUUUGUCUCUGACGAAGAACAACAUGAAUACGAUAUUCUACCAAGCACCCGAUUUCAAUCCAGACAAAUCAUCCUGA